AGCGUCGUUUAUAUUUGGUUGGCGUGUGGAGCUUCGGUGUAACGAAAGGAUUAGUUUGUGCAAGUCACAACACAGUUGUUGCACAAUCCAUAAAAUCUAGCAUUACUUUUAAACCCAUUCUUUAUCCUUACCAUGUUUUAAUCGCUCUUCUCGUUUCAGGUAUUUUCUUCGUACUUGCUGUGGGCAGCAGACAUGGUAGAGCCAGCAACCCACAAGUUUGCAUCCCUAGAAGAAGAACUGGGCUUCUGGAAGGAUCAGGCGUUGAGACAUCAGCAAAGAGCUGAAGAGGCUCACGAUGAGCUGCAAGAGUUUCAGCAGAUGAGUCGAGACUAUGAGGCAGAACUGGAAACUGAGCUGAAACAGUGUGAGCGGCGUAACAAAGAGCUGCUGCUGGACAACAACCGACUUUGCAUGGAGCUGGAAACCAUUAAGGAGAAAUUUGAGACCCAGCAUUCUGAAGCUUUGAGACACAUCUCAACCCUAGAGGACAAUCUGACGGAGACCAGAGCUGUUAGAGAUCACCUUCAGAAGUACAUCAGAGAGCUUGAGCAGUCCAAUGAUGACCUGGAGAGGACCAAAAGGGCUACCAUCAUGUCUCUGGAGGACUUUGAGCAGCGCAUGAACCAUGUCAUUGAGAGGAAUGCUUUUCUUGAGAGCGAGCUGGAUGAAAAGGAGAACCUGCUUGAGUCUGUUCAGAGACUAAAGGAUGAAGCUAGAGAUCUACGCCAGGAGCUAGCUGUACGUCAGAAGGAAAGACGUUCAUCCAGCAGUCUGUGCAAAGAUACAGACCGACUAGACCUGGGUUGCCCCCCGGCUGGAAGCCCAUCCAUCCCAGUCACACCGUCCAAACCUCUGAACUCGUUUAUGACGCCUCCUGCUUCCAGUAUCCGGCGAGGUGACUCUCUAACAGGGACUCCCCUGACAACGUCAACAAGAAUAUCUGCACUCAACAUUGUGGGAGAGCUUUUGAGAAAAGUUGGCAAUCUGGAGUCCAAGUUGGCAUCCUGUCGAGACUUUGUGUACGACACGUCUGUCAGCAGACCAGCCCUUCCUGCUGUCCCUUGUAGUCCCUCUGGUUUAGAAACAGGCCCUGAGGUCCAGGCUACCAGCAUGAGUCCUCCUCCUCAGUAUGACAGUUUAGUGAAGCGGUUAGAGUUUGGACCAGCUCCUUCAAGAGGGAUCUCUCAGGGUGCCCAGUCCCCACAGGGAGGGGUCAAGAUCCUGCUAUGAGACAAAAGACCAGCCUCCCCUUCAAUAAAGCCACCCUGACCACAAAUACACCCCCCCUCCCAUAAAUUACAGCAGUGGGACUUUGAACUGUCUUCCCUGCACACCGCACCUGCUGCUCUUUACCUCACGUAAUCAGCGCAUGAACGUCUCGUAUCUCACGGUGCAGAACUACAGCUUAAAACCCAGGAAUGCAGGACCUGCUCACACCAUGUCUUCUGCUGAAUCUUUGAUGUUACUGAGUAGCUUCGUGUGUUGGAUCAAGCACAGCAGGGCUUUUGAAACUUUAUCUUUUCCAGAAGACACACAUAGGGUAGUUCCACUGUAGAUGAAAAUCUGGUUGGCUUCAUUUCUUUUUGGAAAUGUAAAAGUCUGCUUUUAUUUGGUAAACUGUUGCAUGUAGGAUUAAUCAAAAAGGCUGCUGUGAAGUCGCUGAUGAGUGGGUCAAUGUCAAGUGGUGCAGUUGCGGGAUUUCUAGUCUCAUUAGCAUAGGAAACCUUAAUUAAGGUUAAAAAAAAAAACACAUUUGAGUAUUAGCCUCUGUUACUCUGUGUGUACUUUAAACAUUCCAUUCCAGAUUCUAAACUACAUCAACAGCAGGUUUGCUAAAUUGAAAGCUGCCCAGGUCAGGUAGCAAUGACAUUUACAGCUUAGUCUGAUGCUAGUACUUAUUCAUAAAUGUGGCAGCGUGGAAAUUCAAUUACUCCCUUACCUAGGAGAUUUAGGCAUCACUGCCUUCAGUUUUAGCUUUGUACUAAACGUUUUAAUGACCCUGAUACCUUACACGCUUGUUAGACACACAAAGAAUAUUCUUUAUAUAAACAUCUGAUAAAUGUGAAAAAGGAGUAGGUUUCUGCCUCUGAUAUGAUUUGCCAUGUUGCACAUUUAUGAUCUCCUCCUAGAAAGUUUGAACCGCUGUUGUUUGGACUUUAGGGUUGUAGGUCGGCAUGUGCACUGCUGAAUGUGAAGUGAUAUAUGUCUUAUAUUUGUAUGUGAACUGUUAUCAAAGGUGUGAAUGCUUACAAAACCAAGCAAUAAUAGAUUUUAACAAUUGAAGAUAAGCACAGUUGAUCGUAUAUUUGUGUAAGUAAAUACAGUUUAUCUUGAAAGACCAAAUGCUAAUGGACAUUGUGUAAAGGGAAAUAAUUGACACAUGUUCCCCUAGAUGUGGAAUACUGCCAUUCAACGGCUCAGUAAGCAGAUAGUACAGCACAUAUCUCAGUAUCAAAGCUGUACUCACAGUAGCGUAUGUGUAGAAAUAGCUUGAUCCAUGAUGCAGUUCCUGCUUCUCUGCUGUCGCUAACGUUAAUUGGAACCCACGACCACUGUGUACUGUGCGGGUUUGUAUACUGCAUCUGCUACUGCAUUAGGACUUUAAACUGUAUGUGCCUGAAGUACGAAACCCAGCAUUUAACCUGUUGGUCUGCUGCUGACGUUUUCUACUGUAUAAUGUUCUGCUGGGACCGAGACAGAAACAUUAAAGGGAGAAAGUUGA